AUGCCCCCCAACAGUCGUAGUAAAAAGAAGGAACAUUGUCUGGAUAAGGACUUGUACCCGCUCGAGGACAGCGAGACGUGUCCCUGUGAUGAGUUUUUGUCGCAGCCUUUUGGUAACUGGUCCGCAUGCAUCCUCCCUGGCCCCUCGGCCCCGGGCUCCCUGCAGGGCUGGAUGAGCCAGAGAGAGGUGAAGGAGUGCGGCCACGGGCUGCGCUACAGAGCUGUGGCCUGCAUCAACCAGCAGGGACACCUGGUUAACCCCUCACUCUGCACAGACUCAGGCUACAUGGUGGAGGUUUGCCACAUCCCUUGCCCCCUGGACUGUAAGCUCAGCGAUUGGUCAGCCUGGUCCUCCUGCAGUGCUUCCUGUGGCAGCGGGCUGAAGAUCAGGUCCAAGUGGCUCAGGGAGAAAGCUUUCAACGGGGGACGCCCAUGCCCCAAGCUGGAUCUGAAAAAUCAGGCUCAGGUGUACGAGGCUGUGCCGUGCCACAGUGACUGCGGCCAAUAUGAGUGGAGGAUCGAGCCCUGGUCCAUUUGUACCAUCAACACUGUGGACGACCUGCCAGCCUGCGGGGAGGGAGUCCAGAGUCGCAAGAUCAGGUGUGUGAGGCAGACUGCAGCGAGUGGGGAGAACAGCACGCUGGAGGACGGUCUGUGUGAUCAGGAGGAAACCCCCGAUACAGCCCAGGUCUGCUUCCUGGCCUGCCCCAACGACUGUGUCAUGGCACCCUGGGGUCCCUGGACCAACUGCCCUGUGCAAUGUGACCAAGGAGCAUUGCGGAACCGGAGCAGACAAGUCCUCCGCCUUCCCGCCUCUGAAAGCUCAGCCUGUCCAGAGCUGGUCCAGACCGAUCCCUGCCUCCUCAACAGCAGCUGCUUCUCCUACGACUACAGAGUCUCAGACUGGAGCACUUGCCAGCUAGGUGAAAACGCCAUCUGUGGUCAGGGUUUUCGUUUACGUCUCCUGGACUGUAUUCGCAGCGAUGGCAAGAUUGUGGAGUUGAAGAAGUGCGAGCAGUUUGGUCUGAUCAACAAGACGAGGCUGAUGGAGAGCUGCGUCGUGGACUGUCCUGUCAGCUGUUUACUCUCUGAAUGGUCGCCGUGGGCUGAAUGUUCCCACACCUGCGGUAACCAAGGUCAGUCGGUGCGCACCAGGAGAAUCCUGCAGGAGGCUCAUGAGGAGGGUCGGCCGUGUCCAAACCAGGUCACCCAGACUCAACCGUGUCCCAUAAGGCCUUGCUACACGUGGCUGCUUAGUGACUGGUCCACAUGCACUGUGGAGGAUGCAGAGUGUGGCGAGGGGAUUCGGAAAAGGAGCCUGUCAUGUGUGGUCCACCGGGGCAGCUGGCCCGAGUCCCCCCCCCAGCCAGUGGACCAGGAGCUCUGUGGAGACGAGCUGAGGCAGCGGAUCCAACAGGAGAUGGAGCAGCCCUGCUUCGUGCCCUGCCCAGGAGACUGCCAUUUGACCGUGUGGUCGUCUUGGAGCUCAUGCCAGCUGACCUGCCUGGAGGGACGGAGUUUCGAGACCACCGGACGCCAAGCUCGCUCUAGAGCCGUGAUCAUUCAGGUCAUGGAGAACCAGGGAAGCUGCCCACAUCAAGUGUUCGAGACCCAGCCCUGUAAAGGGGGGAAAUGCCACAGCUACCAGUGGAGGACGGGAGGAUGGAGCAACAACAAGCGGGCGGUGUGGUGCCAGCGCUCCGAUGGUGUCAAUGUCACAGGGGGUUGUUUCCCGCAGAAAAGGCCCACCACGAUCAGACACUGCCAUCCUCCCUGCACCAAACCCUUCUCACACUGCACACCGAGCGGAGUGUGUGGGUGUGAAAAGGGUUACAUUGAAGUGAUGACCACGCACGGCUUCUUGGACUACUGCACCAGGACCCCGGGGGUGGACAACAACAAGAAAGCUGAUGUGAAAACCAACUCUGGAAGAUUAAAGCCGGGGCCCUCUCAGGCCCAGGACCUCUUCAGCGAGUGGACCCUGCGCCCUGUUGGCCCAGAUGGAAGAGUAAAGCUGUGGGUUUACGCCGUGACCGCCGUUGGAUUCUUCUUAAUACUCUUCAUUAUUGCAUUAUCCUUCUUGGUCUGUAAUCCAUCCAAAAGCAGUAAGGCGUCUCUCCCGCCGCAGAAACCCCUGACCCUGGCCUACGAUGGCGACUUGGAUAUGUAACUGUUAUACCUCACAGGGACGUGCUCCACCUCGCACACUCCUGACUGCGUUCAGAUUGUAAGCAAGCACGUCCAUCACAUACUUCUGAUUGUUGGCCGCUUAGAGGCGGGGGGGGGGAACAUUUGCUGUACUGGAAAAAAACAGCGGACAGAAUGAACCUGAUUUGCUGCUGAAGGGCGAUGUGGCCCAGAACUUUGGCUCCAACCAACCGUACCCCCGGAGGAAGAAGAGGCGAACAUGGGGAAAAAGGAGACAAAAGGUCUCAAGACAUACACAAUGAAUGGACCUCUAGUUUCUUUUUUCUAACUCCUUGCAAUGUGAACAUACAGUGGUUGCAACCCACAAGUCAUCAGGCCCAACUGAGUGGAUCCACAGAUGUUGAUUUUCAAGGUUUUUGUUUUGGCAAGAAUCAAAGGGACCACCUGAUGUGUUGUCUCGUCUAUGUGUCAAGAGGGAGACAAAACAUCUCGAGUGAGCAGUCAUGACAUUCAAAGACGGAAAAACAGAACGUUUGACAUUUGACUUUGUUUCAUCAGUGCCCGAUCUUUGUAAAAGGAAAUGUCACACACCUUUUAGGUAAACAAACAGCCUUUUUUGAAUUCCUGAAAAUAAACACGAUUUUAUAUGCACUACAUUAGUGCUGAUUCACCUCUGUUGGUUUUUUUCCUUUCAAAUGACUUUUCUAGUGUUUUAAUUGUAAUGCAAGUUGUUGCUGUCAGAUUGUGAUUCCAUAUGUUGUGUAAAUGUGGAAACCAAACGCAGGCUUGCCUUGAGUUUAACAAAAAACAAUGAUGCAGUACGUUUUCCUUCCCUGAUUCUCAUUGAACUCAACUUUUAAUGUGGAAUUAAGCCCUAAAAAAUGGCAGACUGCUUUGAUAAAAAACAGCUGUCAACGAUUUAAAGAACACACACAAACCUUUAAUGUAUUUUCUCAGAUACCAGCAUAAUACCUCAUACACACCUUUUCAUCAAACAAAACAGAAGUACCACUGUUUAUCAAGGCAGAACAGAGAGGAGGAAUUAUCCACUGGAUCACACGCAGUGUGUUUUAGAGCAACUAUGUUUUCAUUCUUCCAAAGGGAUGUCAUACUUCAUUUUCUUUUUACACCAUAAUUCCCUACCAUCACACCUAAAGGAAAAGUCAGAGAGCAAUGCGGGAAGCUAGUUUCUAAGAGCGUUGUGUUCUUUUCUUCCUGUUAUUAUUUUCAUGUUUAGCAUCACAUCCUAAUACCCUGAAAGACAGCAAAUGCCAAAAGAAAUAUGAGCACAUAUUUACUAAAUAGGUUACCUCUUUUUUUGUAUUUGUUCAGAUCAUGCACAAAAGUAAUGACAGUACCAGUCAUUCCCAAAUUCUGGAUUAUUUAGUAUCAUAAAUGCAUGGGUCCUUCAGUGCAUUACUACGUCCAGCCAGUGGAAAACGAGGUUCCUAAUAUUUGGUGUUCUUCUCACUGACCAGAGUUUACGCUGUUUCUCUUCCUGCCUCCACAAAAUGAAGAUUUGGUCUUGUGUUAUCUGACCUCCUUCUGAAUGUAUUUUACCAGUGACUCUAUAAUCUUAACGGCUGUUCAAAUAUAGUUGUUACAAUUAUAUUUACACAGCUGAUUGUAUGUAAGCAUGCUUGAUCCAUUUUUGACAGAAAGUGCUCCGAGAUGCCUUUGCGAAUAUUCCUUUUUACAAGUUGCCAAACAUUUUACAGUAGUUUUCUUUAAUGCGUUGUUUCUAACAUUUGGUCAACAGCGAGACAAUGUGAAGAAUAUGUGGAAUCCAAUUGUGAGACAUCUAUCAUUUCUAGACAACAUGAUCACUUAAUAAGCACGUUAUCUGGUGACAUUUCCAUUAUAAAACAGCCAACAUCUGACCUGAUUCUAUUGGGUUGUAUCCAGGAAAAACUAAAAGUAUGUUCACUCAUUGUUUACAGUGCCAUGCUAUUUGUGUUACUAUUGUGUGUACAUGGAGAGCUGGACAAAAAUGCAAAAUAAAUUGUGAACCAU